AUGGCCUUAACAGGUUCCCUUUGUUUUUUACUUAGUCUAGCCAUAGUCGGUAAGUCAACCUCCUUCCCAUGUCCAAUACUCAAUCCGCUUUUAAAUAAUUCCAUCUGACCUGAAUAUAAUAGGAAUUUUUUAUUGUUGCUAGCGCUCAGUCAAGCCACAGAGCUAACUAUAGGCCGGCAACCUGGGACACAGCUCAAAAAUGACUCUGCAACUAUUCCGUUCGUUGCACAGGUAUGGUUCUCUACGAGAAAAAUGAAUUGCAAAAUUUGAGUGCAUAUGGAUUUCUGGAUUUUAUGGAUUUUCCGCACCUUAUGACAAAAUAAACGUGGCUGUCAGUGACUUUGAGCGUGCCCCGUGAUUAAAUCAAUUUGUACAUUUAUCAUCGCGCAGGCUGUAGUUGGACAAUGCGAUGACACUAACAGAGUAUGCGGUCGGAUUGGCGGUAAGUUACCUUAUAUACCACAACUAUUAACGACACAUUUUCUGCUGAAUUCAUUCACACGUCUUUUACUAGGACACAAGGAGACAUUCACUAUUCGCGCUGGAACACAAAUACAACAAGAUACACAAUUAAUUAGUGUUAUGGACGAUAAGGGUUCAGGCGCAAUGAUAGUUGUAAACGGUAAGCGACCUUUUUGCUUUAACGCAAAUUUACAUUCGUUGCUUUACCUUUAAAGAUCAUACAUUGAAUGGUGGAGAGAAACCACUGGGUCAGUUGACUGUGAAGAAUGGUGCAGUGCAGAAGGAUGGAGUGUUUACGGCGCCAUUCCUCAUUAAUGUAAGUCCAUCCGCUACUUAAUAAAACGACUUUCCUCAUUCGCUGAAAAUAAUGUUCUCACUCUAUUUCCUUUACAGGAAAUCCAUCCAAACAUCACGUACGAAACUGAUAAAAGUAAGUAAAGUUCAAUGCCACAUUGAAGAAACAGUUUCUACACUCUUUUAAGUUGUAAACCUGUCUUUCCACUUGAAGAACAUUAGUAGCCCUCAAACAGUGGACCCAACGCUUAAUUACCUUUGAUGUACUCCACACUUUUUAGAAGGAACAGUCAUUUUGCUAAAUGGGCCAAUGGGAAAUGAGCCAGUCGACAUCCAAUUCGCAGCAAAUCAAGAUGGAACCGGAGACAAGUUUACGCUGAAAGUUUACCCUGGCACCGCAGCUGUAAAACAAUUCUGCCUUGCUCCCCUCAUCGUAGUGUCAGCAAUGCUGCUCACUUAA